AUGACUAGACAAGAACCUCACCUUUUUUCGAAGGAACAGGAAGUGGGCAUUCCACUAUCUGGAAACACUGUUCUUAACGUCGGCUUCGGUUUUGGCCUAAAUACAGAAGCAAUGAGUUCAAUGGGCGCCAAAGUCUUUGGUGUGGAGCCGGACACAGGGCCUACAACUAGGCCUACGUAUCUUGUGCUGUUGAUGGCUGGGGCUUACGGGGUAGAUGCGAGAGGUAGUUCCCUCCCAAGGUCUCCAUCUAUCUCUGGCACCAACAUUGAUACUGCAGAAGCGCUCCAUACCGCUACUAUUAAUCAUUAUAGGGAGGACCGUACCUUGUUGCUCCAAAACAACUACAAUGGCUGGGCCAACCCUGAAGAUUUGGCUCCUAUACCACAGUGCAUCGCUCAGCAAGAUUAG